GGAGAAGAGAGAGAGGUGAGCAGAGCACACACGUCGCACUAUCAACUGAAUCCAUCUAAGAAAACAACUCGCAGGGAGUUCGGGUCUGAGCUGCGUAGAUACUAAAGGCAAGUUUGAGCUCUCCACUAAAACAGCGCAGCGGACGGACGCAGCUGGCCGUCAUGGCCCGUGGCGGACACUUCGGCGAGUGCGUCCUUACCGUUCGGGCACAGUGUGAAAGGGGAGAGCUGGGAGCUGCGAUCACCCUGCCGCCGCUUUCGUCGUUCCUCAUGCGCUGCAGACGGUGUUGAGUUAAAGCGGAGAAGCUCCGUUGUGAAGCGCCCGGGAGCUGGGAAACACACACAAAAAGUGCGGACAGCGGUGUGGACGGACGCGCAGCCACUACCGAGGGGACCCAUGCGGGGAAAUAUGCUGUUCCGUAGACUCACUGGGUUCACGCUGCUGAUUGGAACCGAUUCGCAACAGCGUUACCGAACGGACCUUUACGCACAGGCAAACAACCGGACUGCAUGAAGGACAGAGGCGCAAAUAAAGGGGAAAAGUUGAACGCGGUAGCGGGUUUUGUAAUGGAUAAAGGCUCGCCCAAGGUCUCUGGAUCCAAAUGUCACCCCCCUUGGACUCUGCUCUGGUCGGGGACCAGCAGUGUGUGACGGACAGGCGAGUGGAGCCUGCGGUGGCUCUCUACUGCGUGGCUUCAAAUUGGCCCUGGCUGAGCUCUGCAUGGAGCAUCGAGUGAAGAGUCCUGCUAUGGUCUGAUGUCUCAGCAUGGAUGGAGUCAGUCAGAGGACUGGCCACCACUAAUGAGACCAUCGCUCUUCAGCUGAGGACUAGCAUUUACAGGAUUACUCCCACGGUUUCCUGCUGUUUUCUCAGCUAACUGCAUUAUUACCGAACUCUCCUAGUUGGACUUUUUGUUGGUCUGGUUUUUGGUGGAUAUAUACGUCAUUGCCUUUCUGAUUUUCAUAUUAGUUAAAAUCCCUUCCAGUUUUUUUUAAUUUUUGGUCUACCUUUUCCUGUUUUGUGUUUCCACUAUGGAGUUUCUGGCUGGAACCUGGAAUAAAGAUUGGGCUUCAUUCUUGCAAUUUUGGUUGACUGUAAUCCUUAGCCUCCAAAUGCAAUUCAGCCCGGGUGCAUCUUGCCCGGAAGAGUGUCGUUGUGACAAACCGUUUGUGUACUGCAACGAACGCAGCCUGACAUCAGUGCCUCUGGGGAUAAAGGAGGGCUUCAAGGUCCUCUUCCUACACAACAACCAGAUAAACAAUGCUGGCUUCCCUCUGGAACUUCACAAUGUGGCUACCGUGGAGACUGUGUAUCUCUACGGCAACCAGCUGGAUGAGUUCCCCAUCAAUCUGCCCAAAAACACCAGAGUCCUGCAUCUCCAGGAGAACAAUAUCCAAACGAUCUCCAAGGCAGCCCUGGCCCAGCUGACUCAACUAGAAGAGCUGCACCUUGAUGAUAACUCCAUCUCCACAGUGGGGGUGGAAGAAGGGGCCUUUAGGGAGGCGAUAAGCCUCAAACUCCUCUUCCUCACCAAGAACCACUUAAGCAGCAUUCCCAUUGGCCUUCCCGAUGACCUGAAAGAGCUGCGGAUGGACGAGAACCGCAUCGCUCACAUUGCAGAGGAGGCUUUUCAGAAUGUGACACGUCUGCAACGCCUCCUGCUGGACGGGAACCUGCUGACGGAUGAGGGCAUUGCGCCAGGGACCUUCCAGGACCUGACCACCCUCCGUGAGCUGGCCCUAGCCCGCAAUUCACUCACCUUCCCUCCUCCCCUCCUACCCAGCCAGUCACUGGUCAAACUCAGCCUGCAGGAGAACCAGAUUGACCAGAUCCCUGUGGCAGCCUUUGCUGAGCUGAACAGGCUGGAAAAACUGGAUAUCUCGAGCAACCAGCUUCAGACUCUUACACAGGGUGUGUUCGAUGGCCUGUCAAGCCUCAAGCAUCUCAUGGUGCGAAAUAACCCCUGGCGUUGUGACUGUGCUGUGAAAUGGGUGGUGGUGUGGCUCAAGACUUUGCCCUCCUCCAUCAACGCCCGAGGGUUUGUGUGCCUGAGUCCGGAAAAGGUGCGCGGAAUGGCAAUCAGAGAGCUCACGCUGGAUAUUAUAGAGUGCCCGGUUGAUGCUGAGCAGCCGCCCUGGCCCACCCUCCGCUCCACACCCCCUCCCCCACCCACAACCACCCCUAUCACCACCAUGGUCUCCACCCUCAUCACCACAUCUAUCCCUUACUACUUUGAAUCCGCCUCCCCUCCUUUACCCCCAAUCCAUAACAACCCUCCUGGGCCCCUGCCUCCUUAUGAGGACCCCCUUCAGAUUUCCUUCCAUGUAGUCAACUCUACCAGUAUCGAGGUGAGCUGGGCUUCCUAUUUCACCGUCACAGCCUACAAGGUCACUUGGAUCAAAAGGGGCCAAAGCCAAAUAAACGAAGGACUGCGGGAGAGGACAGUGAGCGGGGACCGGCGGCAUAUAAGCCUCACAGACCUUGAGCCCCGAUCCGUGUAUCGGAUCUGCGUGCACGUGCUGGACACCCUUAACUCCUACAGGCCCGGAGAGGAUACUAUAUGCUCUGAGGCCAGGACCAAGGCUGUUAUGUCUACCAAGCCUCCAGGUAGAGAGCAAGCUCCACAGGAGAGCAUUAACUCCACGCUGCUAAUGGCUGGGAUCAUAGGUGGGGCGGUGCUCAUAAUCCUGUUAACGCUGCUCAGCUUGUUCUGCUGGCACAUGCACAGGAAGAGCCGGUCAUCUUCGACCAAGUGGAAAUACAACCGGGGCAGGAGAAAAGACGACUACGGCGAGGCUGGAACCAAGAAGGAUAACUCCAUUCUGGAGAUGACUGAGACCAGUUUCCAGAUAGUGGCGCUGAACAAUGAGCAGCUGCUCAAGGGAGAUUUCCGCAUUCAGCCCAUCUACACGCCCAACGGGGGCAUUGGAUUUAGAGACUGUCACCUCAGUAACAACAGCCUAGCCUACUGCAAGAGCAGCAACGUGCCCAGUACAGAGUUCUGCCACACGUGAUGCAGCAGCAAAUAGUAUUUACACAUACACACACAUACAAGAAACACUUAACACACACAUAAAUACACACACAUACACCGUUUGUGAAGACAACAAAAAACAUAAACAUUCUAGUGAAAUAUAACUGUACUAUAUAUAUUUCCAAGUUCUGUCUACGAUGUAAUUUAUACUGUGGAUAUAUGUGUAUCUUUUUUAUUCUUAGGAAAAGAGAUACAAGUGUUUCUUUUUUUCUAACCAGCAGGGUUUUGAACAUUGUUUUAAUGGUCAGUACUGUACAUGAACAUGGAUUUGUACAAUCACGGCAACCUGGGUGUAGCUUCUGAUGGACACUGUCAGCCUUGGAAAAGUUGAGGGCGCUUAGAGGGCUGGGAUCCUUUGCUAUCCACAGAAGCAAAAUAUGGCCUUUUUGCUCUUUGAAACACUGCAAACUCUCCCAAGUACAACAGAACAGUAGUAAAGACAACACAGCACACAGGAAAUCCAAACACUGCUGAUUAGAGCGCUGUGGAAAUAUAGCACUGGUUCAUUGGUGGUAUGUUGUGGAAAAGAACUGAAGUGCACUUUCUUAUUAAUGGAAGUGAGGCAGGAAAUGAACAGAGGUGGUGAUCACAUGGAAGCGAGUGUGGACGGUUGUGUAGGAAGAAUGUCAUCGGUGCUGUUGAAAAGCCUUGACUGAGAUUUCCAAAAAGUGCCUUAACACUAAAAGCGUCUUUGUUCUAUUGGUUUACAGUGGAACAAAGGUGGGCUUAGUAAAGAGACACUUUUCGGAAAAAGAAGGAUGUCAUUUUCAACACAUUUGUGUGUUUUUUUAGUGACGAGGUGUAAUUAUUAACACAAGUUUAAAAAGGAACAAAGGAUUUUUGUCCCUAAUGAGGUGCAUGGAUGUGCUGAGACUUGCAGAACGUUUUGAAGAAAUUCUCUAAUUUGUUCUGCUUCUUUUUUCCCCUGUUUUGGCAAGUGAGGCCACAAGGGGGCAGUUUCCCUCAGCGUCGUGUGUGGGACAGAGGGCAAGACAAACAGAGAGAAGGAAGGAAAAAAGAAAAGCUGCAUAGAUCACUUUACGUCUACCAUUCCCCUGGAGUCCAUUACCCAGACGGCAUUACUCAUGCUCAAACAGCAUUGUUUAGAGUAUUAUUGCUCAUCGAGCUACUUAAUGAUGUGGAAUCAUUUAAAACUAACAGUGUUUUCUGUGUUUGGUGGCUAAAUGAUAUGGAUUUUCACCACUGUGGUCUAUCAUACAGGGAAGGAAUCCGUUCUUCCCUGUGUGUGUGUGUGAAGAGCGCAACAAAUUUUGAAGAAGCACACACAUAACGAUAAUUAUACACCCACUUAUUUCAACCGUGUCCCAGCGUUCAUUAGCCUUUUUGAUAAAUUAGGAAAUUACUACAAUAGGAUCGCGCUCCGCCCAUGGAUCCUCACAAUGCUGCACACAGUUGUGACUGAGCAGCUCAUCCAGCACCUCAUCAUUUACUCUUUUGUGUACAUUUUAUGAGACUGUCUAAUUCAUUUAUGGUUCGCUAACCUGAACAAUGCACCUGCUCACUUCACACCAUUAGUUCCCGCAAUGAUGAUCCUCACCCUAUCUCCCCUCAUUUUCUGUCUUUCCCUCCCUGUCUCCCUGCAUGGGCUCAAUUAAAACACUUUCCCUGCCCUUCAGCUUGUGCACUGUGGUGGCAGCUCUUUGCAUGCGAGGUGCCAGUGAGAGGUCUUCAUUAUGCACUUCUUAAGAAGACUUUAUUUGAUUUGACAAGAUUUUAUUUUGAGGGGCCAAGCUUAAAGAAUUCCCACCGCCGACCCUUCUGCCCCCACCUUUCCCCCUCUUCUCAUAAUCCUCGACCAAAAAAGGGAGAAAAUAUGUAGACCUUAUUUUCACUUGGCUGCGUGGAGCUCACGCUGGGAGACAGAGUAUGUUAACUCUUUGAGAGGUGCAGUUUCAGCUGCUCAAACAUGUAUGGUAGGGAAUUGACACAAACUAGGCCGAACAUUUUAAGUGAAAAGAUUUUUAAGGGCUUUUACUCAAGUUAUUCCAGUGUCGAGAUUAUCUCUGAGAGGCUUUGCCUCAGCAGUCGGGAUACCUCACAAGUAGCUACACUUACUGUAAUUCCAGCAAUAGCUCCGAUCACGAUCACGUGGGCUUGAGGUAGUGCGCAGACUUCCACAGCCCCAGUGUUGAAAAUCUGUUCACAUUUGAAACAUUAACAAACACAAUGACUGAAGGAAAUCUGUCUGAACACGUCAUUUAGUGUCAUAUAAUGUCUUAAAAGCUUCUUUUUAAUAAUCAACGGACAUAUUUUUGACAUAUUUAUUGGAUUUCCCUUUUAGAGGCAAAUGGAAAUAUGUUGAAAAUACAAAAUCUAUGAUCAAUAAAAGCAAUAGGUCAGUUUUAGGAAAUACUCUUAUUCACUUUCUUGCCUUGGUUAUAUGUGAAUAUUGAUACCAAUGUCUGUACCCUAUAUAUGAAUAAACCACCAGCGGCCGUUUAGGUUAGCUUUACAUACAGAUUGAAAACAGCUGUCAUUUUUACACUUUGUUGUUUUAGUUAUUGAGCUGUAUGUGUACUGGUAGAUGGGUUUUGUAAUUUUUGGACCAAGCUAGCGGCUUCCUCCUGUUUCAUGGGGUUUAUGCUAAGCUAACUGGCUGCUAGUUGUAGCUUCAUAUUUACCGUACAGACAUGUUGGGUAACAAUCUUCUCGUCUAACUCUUGGCAAGAAAGUGAAUAAUAUUAUAAUAUUAAUAUUUGUCAAAGUGUCAACUAUUCCUGUAAGUGAAAAAAUAAUGAAAAAUAUAUUAAUCUGCAUUUGCAACAAAACAAUUGUAAUGAUCUCAUUGUCCUGGCUGUUAAAGUUGUUUUAAGAAAAAUAAGAUUUUAAGACUUCAAUACAUGACGUGUUGAGAUUAAUAUUUCUUUCAUGUUGGGUCGAUCAAAACUAAGAUCUUCUGUGGUUACCUAAGCAUCUCCACUUUUUAUUUCUACCUUUUUCUACUAAUAUCCACAGCUGACCAUAAUCCCACGCAGAAACACUUGAACAUUUACAUCAAAUAUUGUUUAUUAUUCUUUGUUAAGACCUAUUUUAAGUCACAUGCUGAUCAAACAAAAGGGGGUCAAAGUGUUGCAACAUAACGUAUCUCCCCUGUCUGUGAAUGUGUAACGAAGACAGAUAUUUGCCUUACCUUUUAUGCAGAACUGAAUGAUUAUCUAGAGAGAGUGUUUAGUGGGAGGAAGAAAAGACGAGACAUAAAAAGACGGCAACAAGAAUGCUACAAAGAAAGCACAUUUCUCCAACAAUUUGCAGCUACGGCGGCAGCAACAAUAACAGUGUUAACAGGAAGAACAACACGGAGCGUGACGCACAGUAGCUAACAAGAGACUGUUCAUCCAUACUGCCAGACCUUAAGCGGGGCAUGGCUAAUGAUUCAAGCUUUGGAGCUUUGGUGGUUGUUUUGCAGCGUACAUUACUCUUAAUUUUCUUGAUGAAAGAAUGCGGCUGCAGAGCCGUGACCAAUGGAAUUAAACAAAACGUAUCACGGACUGCUAGCGUCGGAUUAUUACUGUUUCAGGGUGCUGAGGAGUAAUUUCCCUUAAAGCUCAUUGAAUCAUGUUGAAAUAAUUACGUUUAAUCUCCGAGAGGUCGAUUCAGACAAAACACACAAGUGGUUGAAUAUGUUUAAAGUCAUCUUUUCUUCCUGCAGGCAAAACAUUCACUGCAAAUAUCUAUUAGCCAGUAACAUUCAUUCAAGGAUUUUUGCAUGUACUGUAUUUAGCUUCAUAGCCUUUCAUUUUUUAUCAUACCGGGUUUUGGACUUCUUUUUUUCAAGUAAUCACCCAGUGGUGGUUGAGGUACAGUUUGAGCAACCGUACAGGAAAGUUUAGAGGAAGAAGACUGGAAAGUUACAGUGCAUGUACAACGGCUGUGUUGGGACACUCAUCGAGGCGCUGCAGUGUUACGUUGGCCAUCCACACCAAGUUUUCUUAGGAACCAAAGUUAAAUUUCUGUUCUCAUGAUGAAAUAUUGAUGUUGUUCCAUGUAUGUGCCUUGAGGUUGAACUUACAAUGUAAAGUCCUUGAAAACCUUUAAAUGUUUUUGCACAAACUGUAAAUACUUAAGUGAAGCUUUUUGAAAAUAAAAGAGCCAUUGGAUUUGGGCGAUCACUC